GCCGAGGACGCAGUGCGAGGGAGCGAGCUGUCAGCGCUGCGGCAGACAUGUCGGUGCUGGAGCAGAUUCGGCGGCAGGUGGGCCACUUGGGCCAGAAGGGGCGACGCUGGGACGGCGGCCGCGGCGACAGCGGCUACACCUCGUCCAACCACUCUCGGCAGACGUCGCUCGACACGGGCGCGACGGUAGGCGCCGAGCCGUCGCCGCCGCCGCCGCAGAUGGACCCGCUGUCGGUGCCGGCGCCGCCGCCGCCGUUCGACAUGUCGACGGUGGCGGCGGCGCUGCCCGGCCACCCGGGCCUGGCGCGCGCCAAGACCGACGGCGAGACCUGCCUGGGCGGCCGCAUGUCACCCUCCGUCUACAACCACAAGCUGGUGCCGGCGCUGCACGGUCGCGCCUCGCCGGCCUAUGACCUGGGCUACCACACGCUGGUGGCGCGCACGACCGCGCCCUCGCCUCGCCAGUCGCCGUCGCCGUGGGCCGAGCUGGCGCCGGCCUACCCGCGCGGUGUGACGCCGACUCACUGUCCGCGCGACUCGCCGCGGCCGCAGCUGCCCGAGCCGCCGUCCAACACCGAGCUCAUCCUCACCAUGUUCAAGGGCAAGCGGCCGCACAAGCCGGCGCCGUUCGACCGGCUCUCGGACGAGCUGAUCCUGCAUGUCUUCUCCUACCUGUCCACCAACGACCUGUGCUACUGCGCGCGCGUCUGCCGGCGCUGGUACUUCCUGGUGUGGGAGCCGCAGCUGUGGACGAGCAUCACGCUGACGGGCGAGACGACCGGUGCCGACCGCGCCCUCCGCCAGAUCGUCAAGCUGCUGUGCCGCGACAGUCCGGGCACGCUCUGCCCAGCCGUGGAGCGCGUGCUUCUGAACGGCUGUGCGCGCCUGACGGACCGCGGCCUCUCGCUGCUGGCGCGCCGCUGCCCGGAGCUGCGCCACCUGGAGCUGCGCGGCUGCGCCAACGUCAGCAACCAGGCGCUGUUCGAGGUGGUCACGCACUGUCCAGGCCUCGAGCAUCUGGAUGUGACCGGCUGCCACCGGGUCACCUGCAUCGACUUCAGCGAGGUGCUGUCCAGCGUGGACCGCCAGCUGAACCUGCAGUACGUCGACCUGACCGACUGUCAUAACCUGACCGACGCCGGCCUCAAGGUGAUCGUGCACAACUGUCCGCAGCUGCAGCACCUCUACAUGCGCCGCUGCGAGCAGGUCACAGACCUGGGCAUCAAGCAUGUGCCGAGCUAUUGCGUCAACCUGCGCGAGUUCAGCAUCUCCGACUGCUGCCGCGUCACCGACUACGGCCUGCACGAGCUGGCGCGGCUGGGGCCGACGCUGCGCUACCUCAGCGUGGCCAAGUGCGACCGUGUCUCCGACGCCGGCGUCAAACAGGUGGCGCGCAGCUGCUACAAGCUCCGGUACCUGAACGUGCGCGGGUGUGAGGCGGUGAGCGACGCGUCCAUGGAGGUGGUGGCGCGCUGCUGCCAGCGGCUGCGCGCGCUUGACAUCGGCAAGUGCGACGUCACCGACCACGGCCUCAAAAUGCUCUCGCAGAACUGCCCGAACCUGAAGAAGCUGAGCGUGAAGAGCUGCGAGAUGAUCAGCGACGCCGGCAUCAAGUUCAUUGCCUACUACUGCCGAGGCCUGCAGCAGCUCAACAUCCAGGACUCGCCCAUUACGCUCGAGGGCUAUCGGACGGUGAAAAAGUACUGCAAGCGCUGCAUCAUCGAACACACGAACCCCGGCUUCUUCUGAAGCCGGCUCGUGCUGCGCUGUUACGGCCAAGUGAUAUUAUUUAUUUUUGUUGAGGCGCGUGUCCGCGUGGUGCUUUGCCGUAGUGAGCCAUGACCAAGCGAUGCCGUGUUGUUUUAGAAUUGACGUGUCAUAUGCGAAAUGCCAAAUAUUUGUACAUACCGCGCUUGAAGUAUAUGUGUCGUUAUAGUUGCUGAAAGUAGCUUUUACGCAUCUAGUUCGAGCAUUGAGAAUAUACACACCGUAUCAA